AUGUCCCAUCAAUGGCAGACGACAGCGAUCAACACUGCCAUCGAGCCCCCAUCUGCGGGCGGUCACUCCUCAUCGGUCGCAUCUUCUCAACUUCUUCCCAUGACACGAGAAUCUGCUCUCAGAACUCCAGGAAUAUCAUGGCAAACUGAGGAACCUGAUCGUAACAUCAGUUGGCGGCCGCGACACGCAAGACGAACCUCUACCAGGCUAAGGUGUGACGACGGCAUCAGUAUUGCACUUGCAAAGGAUGAUAGUGCCGUCGUAUUUGGUGAGGACAUAGCAUUUGGCGGGGUGUUCAGGUGUACCAUGGGCUUAGCAGAAGAAUUCGGUCGCGAACGCGUCUUCAAUACCCCAUUGACAGAGCAAGGUAUUGUAGGCUUUGGAAUUGGCCUCGCGUUCAUGGGGCAUACUGCAAUUACAGAAAUCCAGUUCGCUGACUAUAUAUUCCCCGCAUUUGACCAGCUCGUGAACGAUGCCGCAAAGUUUCGCUACCAUUCAGGUGGACAUUUCUCUAUUGGCGGGCUAACCGUGCGUACACCAACAAUGGCCAGCCCUGAAAGGUUCUUCAUGGGCGCAUCUGGUCUCAAGUCAUAUAAUAUAUUCAUAGAGCCCAAAGUCCUCUAUCGUUCUGCAGGUAUUCGAAAAGUCCCAAUCGACGACUUCGCCCUCACCCUCUCCCGCGCUGAAAUCUUCAUCCCAGGAUCUGAUCUAACCGUACGCAGGAUGAAGAGGCUCGUGAUCGGACGCGAGGCUGGUAUGACGGGCGGUAUUGGAGGAGAAAUCGUUGCCGAGGUUGGGAAGAGGGCUUUUUUGAGGUUGGCCUCUGGGCUGCAGUUUGAGAAGUUUAAUAUGCUGGAUGCGGUUGAGAUUAUGGAUGGGAUUAUGGAGGUGCUCAGUUACUGAUGCAACUGCUGGGGAAAUGGACAUUUGAUGACGUAGUGCAUUAGCAUGCAUGUAUACCCUGUAUGAGUGCAAUGCCAACAUGUUUUGGGGUACGGAA